GUAGGAAGUUAAUGUUGAGGAAUGUUCAUGUUAUUAAGUGGAAGAGCCGCUGAAAUUAUUAAAAUAUCUUCAUUAAACGUGAUCAUGAUGAUUGACAGAUCGAACACAAUGUGAGCGUUUACGACGGAAAACAUCAUGCUGGUCAAAGAUAUCAAACAGCGCAGUGUUGGUCGGGCGAAGGUGACCCAUGCAGUGGUGGUGAUCUUCCUGGAGUUUUUCGCCUGGGGUCUCCUGACCACACCGAUGCUGACAGUCCUGCAUGAAACAUUUCCACAGCACACGUUUCUCAUGAACGGCCUCAUCCAGGGAGUGAAGGGUUUGUUGUCGUUCAUGAGUGCUCCUCUGAUCGGUGCCUUGUCUGAUGUUUGGGGCAGAAAGUCCUUCCUGCUGCUCACAGUGUUUUUCACCUGUGCCCCCAUCCCACUAAUGAGGAUCAGCCCAUGGUGGUUUUUUGCUCUGAUGUCAGUUUCUGGACUUUUCUCUGUUACGUUUUCUGUUAUAUUUGCAUAUGUGGCUGAUAUUACAGAAGAACAUGAGAGAAGCACAGCGUAUGGACUGGUCUCUGCAACGUUUGCGGCGAGUUUAGUGACGAGUCCGGCGAUCGGAGCGUUCCUGUCGGUCCGGUAUGGAGACAGUCUGGUGGUGCUGCUCGCAACUAUAAUCACUGUGCUGGAUAUUCUCUUUAUUCUGCUGGUCGUUCCGGAGUCACUUCCUGAUAAAAUGAGAUUAUCAUCGUGGGGUUUUCCCAUAUCCUGGGAGCAGGCCGAUCCGUUUGCUUCUUUGCGGAAGGUUGGUAAAGACUCGACGGUGCUGCUCAUCUGUGUCACAGUAUUCCUGUCGUAUCUGCCUGAAGCCGGACAGUAUUCCAGCUUUUUCCUCUAUCUGGGACAGGUCAUUAACUUUUCCUCUGAAGCGAUUGCAGGGUUUAUAGCGAUGGUUGGGAUUCUUUCCAUCGGAGCGCAGACGUUACUUUUAAGCUUUUUAAUGAAGAAAAUUGGAAAUAAAAGCACUGUAUUACUGGGUCUCGGAUUUCAGCUGUUCCAGCUGGCCUGGUACGGCUUCAGCUCAGAACCCUGGAUGAUGUGGGCAGCUGGUGCGGUCGCUGCCAUGUCCAGUAUCACCUUUCCUGCAGUGAGUGCGCUGGUGUCCCGCUGCACCGACCAUGACCAGCAGGGAGCGGUUCAGGGAAUGAUCACAGGGAUUCGUGGUCUGUGCAAUGGACUCGGUCCAGCUCUGUUUGGAUUCAUAUUCUUCCUCUUUAAUGUGGAACUGAAAGAGUUGAGUCCAGUGGACCUGAACCCCAUCUCACCCGACACUGAUGAGAAGUCAGUUAUUCCGGGUCCUCCCUUCCUGUUCGGAGCGUGCACGGUUCUGUUGGCUCUGCUGGUGGCGAUCUUCAUUCCGGCCCAUGACGCUCCCGUAGUGAAGACCUGCAGCUCGCGAGUGAUGACGGAACCAGUGAGCGGCGGCCUGGGGAACAGUUCUGUUCCUGUUAGCGAUGAAGACAACGAACCGCUGUUACAGGACACCAGCUUAUAGACGCCUGAACCCAGAACCAGACCAGAAACCGAAUCUGGGUUUGACAAGUUUUUAUUCCAGCAGUGUCUCUAAAGAAGCUUUUUAUUGAAUGACUGAACGUCUGUCUGUCUGUCUUUUUUUUUGUUUUGUUUUAUAUUAUAUUUGUUUAUUCUUUGGUCUUUGAAAGAGAAUGUGCCUUCUGCAUAUUUUGGCAUAGUUCAUGUGCUGCCAUAUAUCUGAAUGUAAACUGUAGUCAGCCAAUGUCCUUUAAUGUAAAUAUAUUCCUGAUGAACUUUAACCUCUGAGCUAAACUUGCAAUAAUUAUAAUGUCAUAGUGGCAAAGUUUUAAUAAAAUUUAAAUGAGGCUGACUACAUGCAGUUAAUUAAGAGCAUUUAUAUAUGCAGUGCACCUGUGUACAGUGCAUUUUAUUUCACAGAAGUAAAUAGCUUAAUAAAUUGCACAAAAUGUCUUUAGGUCACAUGCAGCUUUGUUAAAAUAAUUAGAAGGUUUAAUUAUUAAAGAGCAAAUAAUUUACCCUGUAACUCCUUCACAGCACCAGCCAAUCAACACAGUGCUGCUACCUCACAAAUUACCACAUUGGCUUCCUUUAGUAAUCAUCAAAUUACAUGAUUCUAUGCUGUCAGAGUCUUAAAAUCAUUCUCAGUGGAUUUUCAGAGGAUCUAAUCAAACUUUGCUCAUUUUAACUAGGCAUGCAUCGAUGUAUUGGCCACCGAUGGUUAUCAGCCAAUGCUUGACCAUCGGCAUAACGGCUACGAGCAUGAAAACGCAGAUAUGAAAAACCAGUGGUUCAUUCAUAAUUAUCAACACAAUUUGUUUAAUCUCUGUGAAUUCAAAUGCACAAUCCAGAAAUAAUGAUCUCCUAUAUAUGUUUUGUUUGUCCUGACUCAAGGGAUCAAAGAAUUUUGAUUCUAGCCCUUACAGUUGUGAAGAUAUGAGCCAGAAUGUUAAAGUGCUUAUUAUAGCGCCACCUAGGGUCGGAUAGGGGUGUGUGUAUGCGCCUGAGUAGUUGGGGGGAUUUGGGACCAUCUUGCCAAGAUUGGUGUCUCUAGGACGUACAGUUUUUGCUACCCAUACGCUUUUAGGGCAGAAAAAGAAUAAUAAUAAUAAUAAAUAGAUUAUUAUUAUAAAUUUCGAGCAAAUCGGACAAGCGGCCUAGUAAGAGUUCAAGGCCGUUUGCAGAAGGGUUGGCACUCUUUCACAACAUGUAAUAUUUAUUCUUUCUCGUUCUCACAUUAAUGAGAACAGACUGGCGUUACAGACGUGACAGUUGUGAAAGUGGCUCUUACCUAUACGUGAUGAGGUAAAACCAUCCAAAACGCUUUGACUCACUUUGACUUCUGAGACGUUGGUAUGAUAUCCAUUAAGGCUGCACGACUGACAGAGUUCAGAUUAAAAUCGCAAUAUGGUCUUGCACGAUUGUUAAACCUUAAAAGACUGCGUUUUAAAAUAUAAUCUGCAUUUCAGUGCUUCAGUCAGCGCUGUGUGAGCAAGUGGCGCCCUCUAGCGGUCUGGACGGCAUUGUCCAUUAUACUACUAUAAUACAGAAUUUAAAAGGGGGUUUUGUUCCAUUGAUAAAAAUUAUAAUUUUUCAUGAUGUGGUUGACAUUUCCAUUGCCCAACAUAUGCGUAACAUAAAUUUGUAAUGUUCUGUCAUAUCCAGUACAUACACAUACGUGUAAAAUGUGAGUUCUGUUGUUUUGAACGGCAAAAACAGAAGUGCAAAAAUACACAAAUAAAUAACCUUUUUCUCACAUCAGUCAUCAUGCUAUGAUAUUUAGUUAUUUUAUUUGUCUUUUUUUUUAAUAUAUAUAUAUAUUUUAUAUUCAAUUCAUCUCACAUUGUGGCUCUCUUCAUGUAUUCAUCAAUUGGAAUUAUUUAUUGGUAAAACAGUAAAAGCUUUUGUACCUCUUUAUAAAUGUUUUUAAAGCAUAAAUCCUGAGAAAAACAUUGAUCUGUUGACAAAAUAAGGAAAGUGGCAAAAUAUCAGUAUCGGUCUAUAGGUUUUUGUUAAAAUCGGUAUCGGCCAAAAACAUUCUCAACAGUGCAUCUCUAGUUUUAACAGCUUUAUUGUCUCAUCAUUGCUUCCCAAAAAAGCCAAGCACACUUUUAUUUACUUUUCUAUGUGAUUAAUUAUUUAAUUGAAGUGUCUUAAGUGUCUUUUUAGAAUGUUAGACACCAGGUCAAAAUCGGUUCUCAACUGGUUUUGCUUUAGGAUCCAGAUUUAUUGAGCAACACCGUACCAAUAUUUUAUUGCACAGAAGUAAACAAAAAUGUCCUUUAAAUGAAACAUUGGAAUUAUUGCUUUAUUAUUAGUUUCUAAAUGACGCUUAUAUUUCAGAUAUUUCAUAUAGAUGUAUAAUUCACCACAUAGAACAUACUGUGGCACAUAUAAUGUUUAUCCUCAUUUUUUUUAUGUUGUCUUGUUGAUGGUUUUUGAGGAUGAGUUCAUGUCACACCUGUCCAUGUGGACAUAAUUUGAUGAGCUUCUACCAAUUGACAGAUGAAUUUAGAGUUUGAUUGGACACACGACCAUUCACGUCAACAACAAAAGAUAUGGGAAGCGUUUUCUCCCUUUUUCUGCUCCCUUGGAAAAGUUGCAAAGUUAGUAAUUUAGCUAUUCUAACUAUGCAUGAUUAUUUGUUUAAUCGCAUUUUAUUAUCUGCAUUCAGCAUUGUUUUUCCCUGCUGUCUGUAACUCGAUCAGAACAGACUUGAGACACAUUUUUUGGUCAGGACCCACCAGUUGAGAAUCACUGCACUAGAGUUCAUAGUUCAUGCCUGUUGCAUGAUAUCAUAUCACAUGAGCUGCAGCAAUAACAACCAGCGUGAAGUAUGAAAGUUGAAAUCCAUGAAGUUACUGCGAUUAUUAUGCACAUGUCUUGUCUUUACAUUUGUAUUUUAAUAGCACACACACAGAGAGAGAGAGAGAGAGAGAGAGGAAACAUUUCAGUUGCCAUUUUGAGGGACCUGAUACGUGACAAUAUAAUAUAAUAAUAAUAAUAUAAGAUAUGCAUACUUGACAAUGAUUUCAAACAGGAAGUGAGUGUAGUUGAGAGUGUGUUUGCUGUAUAUGAGGUCUGAGCUAAACUCAAAACUAAACUCAAGUCAUUAUUAUGUUUUUCAAUGAACUGCACUUUGUUUUAUAGCUCGUUCCAUUCCUCAUUUCUAUGCAGACAUUGUCUUGAAUACUGAUGCUCAUUGGUUGUAGAUGCCCUCUGAAGAGAUUGAAUUGACGUAUCCAGUGACGUGAAGCGUUCAUAUGCUCAAUACUGUAACCAGAUAUUUGUUACACGUGUUUGUUGAGCAUUUAACUGAUCAAUGUUUCAAUAAACCAAUUCAUAUUCCAUGA